AUGAAUAAUAACAUUAUUGCUGUAGAUAUCAUUCCGGAUAAUGAUGGUAAAUUAAUAAUGUACGGUGAACCAAAUAAAGAUAAAACUCACUUAGUUUCUGGUAAACUUCGUGUAAUAGUCUCAAAACCAUUGAAAAUAAAAUCUAUAACCAUCAAAUUAAGAGGAAAAACAGAGUAUUCGGAUUGGGAAAAUCAAUAUUCUUGCUUAAAUGUACUUAAACUUGAGCAAAUACUUUAUGAAAAGAACGUUUUACAAAAAGGUGUAACAGAUUUUAACUUUGAACUUAGAGUACCUGGAAAUACACCUCAAAGUUAUGUUACUAGUUUUGGUUUGAUCAGAUACAAGCUGAUGGCUGCAGUUCAACCUUCUUCAAUGCUUACAAAAUGUGAAAGAGUCGAACGAGGUCAGAGAAGGAAUAUUUUAAAAUACGAGCUAGAUAUUCCUACUGUCAUAAGUGUUAACGAAAGAAGUCUGUUGAUCAGAGUCAGAUUAUUACCGUGUAGCGAACAGGGCUAUGUCAAGAGAAUUACUUUCGAUCUAGUUCAAUCUGAAAAAUACAGAGUCCAGCCAAGUCAACAAGAUAUAAUAUAUUAUGAUAUUGAUAGCACCCAAUUUGUUGGCAAUGUUCAAUUGAACGGAUCUGUACCGUCAAAACGUAAACGAUCUAGUCAAAUAAAACCAACGGCUCUAGCUAUUUUCAGUAAUGAUGACAAUUGGAAUAAUCCAUUGACUUAUAAUCUUCCUUUCGUUCAAUAUUCUCGUACCGCAACAUCUGGUAGAGCUCGUGCAUCUAAGUUAAAAUCGACGAUUGAUUCUCCACUAAUUCGUGUUAGGCAUAAACUUAGACUUUCAAUGACUUUUAGAGACGAAAAUGAAAAGGAUUUAGAAUUAGGUUUUCCAAUUACUAUCACAACCAUUCCGGAAGAUGAUUACUCUUCGAUGUUCGGUAUGCUUUGUGAUAAUGGUCUGCCUUCUUACGAUGAUUGUAUAGAAGAUUCUCCUACAAUGGGUUAUGAAGAAUCCGGUGAUUCUAGACCCAUUAGCCCUUUAUGUGAAUUAAAUAAUUCGGAUAACAACUCGAGAUAUCACUCUAGAAAUAAUUCUAGAAGCAAUUCUAGGAAUCAUUCUAGAAGUAAUUCAAGGAAUCGUUCCAGAAGUAACUCUAGAAAUCCCUCUAGAAAUAAUGCCAGGUCUGCAUCUCCAAAUCUUGAUGAUAUAAACAAUGAUGGUUUUACAGAUAAUUCCUCAAGCGGAGGAAAUGGAACUUCGAAUGGCUCAAUAUUGUCAGAUCCACGUCAACCAAUCCUAAAAAAUAAAAAGAGUCAACGUUCUUUGGUAGACCGUCUUUUACAUAGAAAUGAAAAUAAUUCAAGAACAGCUUCACCACCUAUGAGUAUUCCUAUCGCUUAUACUACACCGACAUCACAUCCGAGUUAUAGUAAUUUAAAUACUUCUCCGCAAGAUCAUAACCGUGUGUUACCAAUAACUUCUCAUGACCUUCCUUCUUAUUCACAAAUGCCUCCUGACUCUAAUACCAGCUAUUUAUCCAAAAGAAGCAAACGUACAACUUUGUAUUUAAAUAUGCCUGAUGAAGACGAUUACGAGACAAACACGCAUUUAGAGAUUCACAGUGCACCUAGCAGCCCUAAACUUUGCGGAACUUCAAUGACAUUAGGUGAUGACGCUUCUAAUGAAUUAUCUUUUAACAGUAGUGAUGCUUUUACCGGAGAAAAUAGUAAUAACUUAUCACCACCAAAUAUGAAGAAAAAAUCGCAUAGAAGGUCCGCAAGUUUUGAUUUGAAUCUAAAAAGUCCUGGUAUUACAAAUUCUAGAUUCCUUAAUAAUACACUAAGGGUUAGUGGUGAUAAAACAUCGUAUGAUGAUUUAUUGGGACGUGGCAUUAGUGGAAUAAACAUUAAUAUUCAAACACCAA